AUGGCCAACCGACAAAUCACAAGGCGCAUCGCCAUCAGCGCGGCUCUCUCAAUAUUCUUCGUCUUCUUCCUCUUCAUUCGACCCCAAGGCCCACCUAGCCCUGCCGUCCGAGCCCCAGGCCACAUCACCCAUGAACCCGCACCUGCGCCCGUACCGGGUACCACUAUUAAGGAGGACUUGUUGAAAGGGUCGGUGGUGAUGCCAAAGCUUGGAAACGAAACAGUAAAAGCCGAGCUAGGCCGUGCAACAUGGAAGUACUUCCACACUGUUAUGGCACGAUUCCCCGAACAACCCACCCAAGACGAACAGGACGCUCUACGCACAUACAUCCAUCUAUUUGCGCGACUAUACCCUUGUGGUGAAUGCGCUGAGCAUUUCCAGCAACACAUAAACAAGUACCCGCCGCAGGUUUCAUCCCGCAAGGCAGCGGCAGGGUGGGCUUGUUUUGUUCACAACGAGGUUAAUGAGAUGCUCGACAAGCCGGAAUUCGACUGUAAUAACUUGGGCUCGUUCUACGAUUGCGGCUGUGCCGAUGGGGAGGAAAGCGAGGCUGGUUCUGAGAGUCAGGAUGCGCAUUCGGAUAUGACUCGUAGUGAUGCGCAGGCUGGUGGCUCAGAUCAUGACCACCUCGUUGUGGAAAUCUCCAAGGAAGCGUGA